CUGUGUGCUAAUGCUUUCAUACUUCCCCUGUUUUUCAAUCUCUCUCUCUCUCUCAUUAUUUUUUCACCGUUCUCUUCUCUUUCCUCUGUAGGCAUUGAAAACAGAGGAAGGGGAAACAACACAUAAAAACAGAGAGAGAGAAAACAGAAAAGAGAAAGAGAAAGAGAGUGAGUAAAAAAAUCACAACAACAAUAAAGCACUCACUCACUUACUCACUCGCUCACUCACCCACCCACCAUGCGAAUCUGAAGAGAACAGAAUAACUCACUUCUCUCUCUCUAUCUUCUUUUCGCGUUCUCAAUGGCCAUUCAUUGAGAACAAAACAAAAAACCUAAAAGGAAAAAAAAUAAGAGUAAGAGUACGAGUAAGGUCUUUGUUUUAUCUGUUAUUACUUUGAUGAAUGGCGGAAGCAAACGGCGACGUUUUCCAGUGGCUGAAGUCGAUGCCGUUAGCGCCGGAGUACAGGCCGACACUAACGGAAUUCCAAGAUCCGAUCGCCUACAUUUUCAAGAUCGAGAAGGAAGCUUCCAAGUACGGAAUCUGCAAGAUCAUACCGCCGUUUCCACCGCCGCCGAGGAAGGUUGCAAUUGCCAACUUCACUCGCUCGCUGACUAAGCCCGACGAGCCUAACUCAAAGCCUACAUUCACCACUCGCCAGCAGCAGAUCGGGUUCUGCCCCCGCCGGCCCAGGCCCGUUCAGAGGCCCGUGUGGCAAAGCGGUGAGAACUACACUUUUCAGGAAUUCGAGGCUAAGGCCAAAGCAUUCGAGAAGAGCUACCUCAAGAAGCAUCAUCUUCACCACCAAGGCCACCGGAAGGGAGGAGGAGGUGGUGGUGGUUCCGGUGGCCUAGGGCCUCUCGAGGUGGAGACGCUGUUCUGGAAGGCGACCGUUGACAAGCCGUUCUCGGUGGAGUAUGCGAACGACAUGCCGGGCUCGGCGUUCAGCCGGAAAUGCAGGGAGGAGUGUGCGGCGGCGCUAGCGGAGUCGGCGUGGAAUAUGAGGGAGAUUUCGAGGGCGAAUGGUUCUUUGUUGAGGUUCAUGAAGGAGGAGAUACCUGGUGUUACUUCUCCUAUGGUGUAUUUGGCUAUGUUGUUCAGCUGGUUCGCUUGGCAUGUUGAGGACCAUGACCUCCAUAGCUUGAAUUACCUUCACAUGGGUUCUGGGAAGACCUGGUAUGGCGUGCCGAGAGAUGCAGCCGUUGCGUUCGAAGAUGUUGUUAGGGUUCAUGGAUAUGGCUCUGAGAUUAAUCCUCUUGUUACUUUUUCUACUCUUGGCGAGAAAAACACAGUGAUGUCACCUGAAGUAUUGAUAAACGCAGGUGUUCCAUGCUGCAGGUUGGUUCAAAAUGCUGGGGAGUUUGUUGUGACUUUUCCAAGAGCUUAUCACACAGGGUUUAGUCAUGGUUUUAAUUGUGGAGAGGCAGCCAAUAUUGCAACGCCUGAAUGGUUGAGAGUUGCAAAAGAUGCUGCUAUUCGGAGGGCUUCAGUAAAUCAUUCUCCUAUGGUUUCACAUUUCCAGUUACUUUAUGACCUAGCCUUAGCUUUGUGUUCUAGGUUUGUCUUCUGCUAUUAUGGCUUCUUACUUUUGGCUGUAACAGGGUGGGUGGUCCUUGUUGAGGACUUAAUGUCACUCCCCCAAUAUGAUUUGCUCAUACAUGUGUUCUCUCCUCACGCACUCAAAAUUCCAGAACUAUUUGUCCAGGAUGUGUCACAGAAUAAUGAUCUGCUUCAAGAACUCAGCAAGGGAUCUGAGAUUAUACUUCUACCUCGUAGCUCAUUUGACAUUUCUCUUUGCUCAAAAUUACGAUCUGGAUCCAAACAACGGAAAGUGAACUCUCGAUUUUCCCUUGGUGCAUGCAACUCCGAGGAAAUGAAUUCCUCAAAAGGUUUUGUUUCUGAUGAUCUGGCAUUCAGCAUGAACAGAGGAAUCAAGCAAGAAGGUUCCCUUUCUAUAAAAGACAAGAUUACUUCAUUGUGUGAAAGGAGCAUGAUUUCCUCAUAUGAUGUAAAUGGCAACAUCUGCUCUUCAAGUUCCAAGCAACUUCAAGGUGACAAUGAAAGAGAAAGUGGUGAAGGGGAUGGUUCGCCAGAUAAGAGACUUUUUUCAUGUGUCACAUGCGGAAUAUUGUGCUUUCCUUGUGUAGCUAUUGUACAGCCUAGAGAAUCUGCUGCUAGAUAUCUCAUGUCAGCUGAUUGUAGUUUCUUUAACGAUUGGGUUGUUGGUUCUGGAGUGUCUAGCAAAAAGUUUAUUGCCCAUGAAGAAGCGGCUUUUCCUGAACCAAGUAUGUAUGCAGGGUGGACAGAAAAGAAGACCCAAGGAUUGUAUCAGGAUCCUGUUCAAUCUGCCCAGUAUCAGCUACAGACUGCUGAGCGUAAUUAUGAGGAGUCCCUUGGAAAAAGCAAUACAGCUCUUGCAUUGUUGGCUUCAACAUAUGGAAAUUCUUCCGACUCUGAGGAAGAGCAUGGUGACUCAGAUAUUGUAGUUGAUGGUCAUGAAUCACCUAUGAUUAAUGCCACAUUAGGAGGAUCACCAUCUAAUUUUCAAGAUGGCUGUACUAUUCCCCUCACUGGACCUGAUAGCAGAAAUGAUUUUAGUCAUCAAUCUUUUGACCACUCUUUAGAAAAACAGGAUUGUGAUACUUCUUCAGGGUUUGCAUUAAAAAAUAUGAGGGCAAUGUAUACCAAUGAUACUGAAAAAACAUUGUUGGGCAAGGCUAUGGUUCCAAAUGAUGAUAAAAAUGCCUCAGUGAUGCCACAAGGUGAUCAAGACUCAUCUAGAAUGCAUGUCUUCUGUCUGGAGCAUGCUGUAGAAGCAGAGCAGCAACUUCGCCCAAUAGGUGGAGCCCACAUAAUGCUCCUAUGUCAUCCAGAUUUCCCCAAGAUAGAGGCUGAAGCUAAGCUUGUAGCAGAAGAUCUUGGGAUUGAUUACCUGUGGAAGAAGAUUGAGUACAGGCAUUCCAGCAAGGAGGAUGAGGAGAGGAUCCAGGUAGCCCUGGAUAGUGAGGAAGCUAUUCCUGGGAAUGGGGACUGGUGUGUGAAGCUGGGAAUCAAUCUUUUCUACAGUUCAACUCUUAGCCGUUCUCCUCUUUACAGUAAGCAGAUGCCUUACAAUUCUGUCAUAUAUUAUGCAUUUGGCCAAAGCUCUCCAGCAAGUUCACCAUUAGAACCAAAGGUCUAUCAGAGAAGGGUUAACAAGCAGAAAAAGAUAGUUGCUGGGAAAUGGUGUGGUAAAGUUUGGAUGUCCAGUCAGGUACAUCCUCUUUUGGCCAAAAGAGAUUCUGAAGAUGUUGAAGAUGAGAAAAGCUUACAUGGGUGGGGAUUACAUGAUGAGAAAAUAGAGAGAUCAGGAAGCAUCCCUAAAAGCGAAACUAGUGCCAGAAAAUCAGGUAAGAAGCGGAAAAUGACUAUUGAGAAUGGAAGAGCCAGGAAAGGCAGUUUUGCUGAGAGAGAUGUGGAUUUGGAUAAUCCAACUGAAGACAAACCUAACCAACAGCUGAGGAGGACUCUUAGAAGUAAGCAAGCCAGGGAUAUUGAGAGUGAAGGUGCGGAUUUGGAAGGGGAUUAUUCUCCCCCAUAUCAUAGAAAACCUUUAAGUGACCAAACAAAUUGCACAGGAAGUGAUGCAGUUUCUGAUGAUUCACUUGAUGAUAAAUUUAUUGACAAUGAUGUGGUUUCAGAUGAUACAAUGGUCUAUGAUUCUGAUUGCCAUCAGAGAUUUGAACAUAGCAGCAUGCAAGUUGAAGACAUAGAAGAUGCAGUUUCUGAGGAUUCAUUGGAUGACGGUUCUCUUCAGCUUCAUAGGAAGAAUUCUAAAAGCAAGCAUGCCAGAUACAUUAGAAAAGGCAGAUGCAUUGCUGAGAAAGAGGAAAUGAUGUCUGAUGACCAAUUGGAGCCACACAAGAAGAACAAGCAACAGAGGAAUCCUAAAAGCAGGCAAGCGAAAUACCUUGCAAGAGAAGAUGCUAUAUCACAUGGUCAAUUGGAAGGACAUUGUCGCAAGUAUAGAAAGACUCCUAAAGGUAGGCUGGCCAAAUAUGUAGCAGGGGAAGAUGUAUCAUCUGAUGAGCAAUUGGAGAAUUACAGUCGGAAGCAGCAAACAAGUCUUCCUAAAAGGCAGAAAAACAAAGGUGUAUUGACUGAUGACCAAUUGGAGGACCAUUUUCAGAAGCAGCAAAAGAGUGUUUCUAGGCGAAGGCAAAACAAAGGCAUUGAAAGAGGGGUUAAAGACGAAAUGUCUGAUGACCAAUUAGAGGAUCACGUUCAGAAGCAGCAAACUAGUGUUUCUAAGAGAAGGCGAAACAAACAAAUUGAAAGAGAUGAUGUAAUGUCUGAUGAUGAAAUGGAGGAUCAUUUUCAGAAGCAGCGGAGUAGUAUUCCUAGAAAUAGGCAAAACAGUAAUUCUCAUCUGGCCCAUAAAACUCCUAAACGAAAGCAAGCGAAAUGCGUUGAUGAUGAUGAUGGUGAUGAUGAUGAUGUAAAUUCUGACGAUGAAGUGGAAGAUGAUUCUCAGCAGAAGCAGCAGAGAACUCUUAGAAGUAAGCAAUCAAAACCAAUGACACUCAAGCAGAUGAAGCAAGCUCGCUCUCUCCAAAUGAAAAAUCAGACAUCCCGGUCUGUAAAACGAGGUGCUCAGACACUUAAGAAAUUAAAGGCAUCUCAGAUUCGGAAUAAGCAAUCUGGUAAAUCCAGAGAGUUUAGUUUGAAAAUGGAAGAGGGGGAAGAAGGUGGACCUAGCACACGCCUUAGGAAGAGAGCCCCAAAAGUCGAGGAGUCUGAUGGAAUAUCAAAAGAAAAGCAAACCAAAAAGAAAAGGGUGAAGAAUGCUACAUCUGCAAAGGCAGCUAGCAAUGCUAAAGUGAAGGAUGAGGAAAAUGAAUUCCAGUGUGACAUUGAUGGCUGCACCAUGAGUUUUGGGUCAAAACAGGAGCUGAUGCAUCACAAGAGAAAUAUAUGUCCUGUAAAAGGUUGCGGGAAGAAGUUUUUCUCGCACAAAUAUCUGGUGCAGCACCGACGAGUUCACGAGGAUGACCGCCCAUUGAAGUGCCCUUGGAAGGGCUGCAAGAUGACUUUCAAGUGGGCAUGGGCUCGUACAGAACAUAUUCGAGUCCACACUGGUGCGCGACCGUAUGUAUGUGCCGAGCCAGGCUGUGGGCAAACAUUCAGAUUUGUGUCUGAUUUCAGUCGCCAUAAGCGUAAGACUGGGCACUCAACAAAGAAGAGUCGUUAAUAUCAAUUGGAGUAGAUGUUGUUGUUACUUUAACAUGGUUUAUGAAUUUAUGAAUCCAUUGCUCAAUUGACCAUUCUAGGACUAGGUUUUAUUAACAGUUUAGGAUAUCCCUGCAAUUGCCAUUUAGAGUAACUAUUAAUUCUGUUUCUUUUUGGGUAUUUUUAACCCAUUUGUUUAUUCUAAUUGAAGCAAUUGCUUAGAUUUGGAAACAUGAUAUUCAUCCAAUUCUAUCACAUGCAAAUGUUGUUCCAACAUUUAUGUACAAUCCUUAAGAAUUUGUUCCAGUGGCACUUCCCCUGGUUAAGGUGUAUUUUGGUAGGGGUGUCAUUUUGUAGAUGAUUCCUGAAUUUAGAGUAGAUUUAUUAUUAUUAUUUUUUAUUUUCA